AUGACCACUUCACAUAGACCUCAACUCGAGGCUCGUAAUGGUGCGAAAGGCAGUUACGUUCCUACCAGUAUCCAACAUGCCAGACUGCUCCCGGGACAUACAAAACUCAAGUAUAGAAAACGCAAGCUGGACGAUGACGAAGAGGUGUUGAGAUCAAAAAGGCAUGGAGUUAAAGCAGGAAAGGAGUUCAAGGGUGAUGAACGUGAAUUCGAAACGGAUCAGAAUAAAGAGGCCUCGCAAAAUCGCGAAAUUGAUGUGAGUCAGAGAGGGCAAGAAGAGGAAAAAGACCAGGAAGAUGAGGAAGAAGAAGAUGAGGGAGAAGAAGAUGAGGGAGAAGAAGAAGAAGAAGAAGAAGAAGAAGACGACGAAGAGGAAGAAGAAGAAGACCAAGAAGCUCUCUUGGAAGAGCUACAUAAAAUACGACAAGAAAGAAUGAUCAAAAAAUUAAAAGAGGAUCGUGAAAGACAAGACGAAGAAAAUGAAAACCCCAGUAUCAAAGAAAACAAAGCAAGCCGAAAAAGUUGGCGUUCCCAAACUGUCUUCGGUCGUCAGAAAUCCGAAAAGCCCAUCAACCAAUCCAGCGAUGACCCCAAAGCCAAAUACACCAAUGACAUGACCCGAAGCAGUUUCCAUCAUGAUUUUAUGCGCAAAUACGUCAGAUAA